AUAUAUAUAUACACACACAUAUAUAUACACACAUAUACACAAACAUACACACACACAUAUACACACACAUAUAUAGACACACAUAUACACAAAAACACACACUGCCGUCUGAAUCAAAGACCUUCCUGUUCAGACCUGUUGCCUUCAUUACCCACAAUGCAGUUCAGCCUCCCCUGCAGCAGAGAUGACUUCACAUGUGUUUAUGUGACUAGGAACCUGUUUCAGACUGGAGGAGGGGCCUCUUCCUCCUCUUCUUCUUCCUCCUCCUCUGACUCCUCUUCUGACUCCUCUUCUUCCUCUUAUUCUUCUUCCUCUUCCUCUUCUUGUUCUUCCUCUUCUUCCUCCUCUUCUUCUUCUUCCUCUUCUUCUUCUUCCUCUUCUUCUUCUUCUUUCAUUAAUCAUCUCCGGCCCCUGAGAUUCAUCAUGUGACCCUUUAGAAGUUCUUGACCCUUAUGUUGGAACCUUAUGGACGAGGGUCGCCACGAUGACGUGCAGCCUGAUUACAUCAAGGUUGGUUGACUAACACACACACAAACACACACAGACACACACACGUGACCUGUGACCCCUCAAGGCCUCCAUGGGGGAUAAAAGCAGGACCUCAGCCUUCCUCUUCAUUCCAUCACAGCCAUGUUCCCUCGUCUCCUCUCCUCUCUCCCUGCCUUUGUCUCCUUCCCUCUUUCCUUCUCUCCCUCCCUCGUCCUCCUCGUCAUCUUCCUCGUGGCCACGGUGGUCUUCCUGACCGCGGUCCAGACCGCCCCCCCAGCCUCCGGGGCCCAGGGCUGGGGUUCGGUCCCCUGCCUGCCGAGGCUCCCGGUCCUGGGCAGCCUCCCCUGGCUGGGGGGGGGCCUCCCUCCUCACCUGCUGUUCUCCCAGCUGGCCCACAGGUACGGCUCUCUGUUCGCGCUCUACCUCGGGCCUCACUACACGCUGGUGGUCAACAGCCAUCAACACGCCAGAGAGGUUCUCCUGCAGAGAGGGAGGGACUUCGCUGGACGUCCGAGUAUGGUGACCACCGACCUGCUGACCCGAGGGGGGAAGGACAUCGCCUUCUCAGACUACUCUCCUCUGUGGAAGUCUCACCGCCGACUCGUCCACGACUCCUUCACCCUGUUCGGAGAGGGAAGCGACCGACUGCAGGACAUCGGUACGGGAGACCCAUGUAGAGACCUGUCUGUCUGUCCCCAGGUGUUCCCCAUCCCGUCCCUCAGGAGGCUGAAGGCCUGCAUCUCCGUCAGAGACCGGCUGCUGUCCCGUAAGCUGCAGGAGCACCAGGCCUCGCUGAGUGACGGAGACCCCCGUGACCUUCUGGAUGCCUUGCUCAAGGGCCAGGCGGCCGGCGGGCCCCAGCCCAUCAGCGAGGACCACGUCCUCAUGACGGCCGCCGAGGCCUUCGGGGCCGGCGUGGAGACCACGAGCACCACGCUGCGGUGGCUCCUGGUGUACCUGCUGCACCACCCCGAGGUCCAGGAGCGCGUGCAGAAGGAGCUGGACGAGCAGGUGGGCGGUGCGCGGCCGGUCUGCGUGGCGGACCGCGGCCGGCUGCCGUACCUGGACUGCGUCAUCAACGAGGGUCUGAGGAUCCGGCCGGUCAGCCCGGUCCUGAUCCCCCACACCGCCAUGGCCGACAGCAGCAUCGGGGGCCACGCCGUCCGCCGGGGGACUCGGGUUCUGGUCAACAUGUGGGCGAUCCACCACGACCCCGAGCACUGGGACCGGCCGGACCUGUUCCACCCAGAUCGGUUCCUGGACGCCGGCGGCCGCCGGGUCUCCCCUUCCUGCUUCCUGCCGUUCGGGGCGGGGCCUCGGGUCUGCGUCGGCGAGUCGUUGGCCCGGCUGGAGCUCUUCCUCUUCCUGUCCUCGCUGCUGCAGCGCCUGAGCUUCACGCUGCCGCGCGGGGCUUCCCCGCCCAACCUGCAGGGGCGGCUGGGCGUGGUCCUGCAGCCGCUGCCUUACACGGUCGUGGUCACUCCGAGGGCGGGGUGGGAGGGCGGAGCAAAGUGAAAGGGGGAGGGGCAAAUAGACAUGACAGCAAAACCAUACCAAUUUAAGACGAGCUCAUUGCAGUGGCUAACGUUAGCUUCUUACUUUACAAACAUCACUGAAGUUCAUGACUGAAGAAUAUCGAGAUGAACUGAACCUGAAGGAAUCCUGACGCGGGGUUAACGAUCAGAAUACAAAGAAUGAAUCCGAUUGGCUGUUUGUGGAGGAAACCAGUGACGACGACUACCCGGCCUUAGCAUCGCUAACGUCUACGGCUAACGGUAACUUUUUUCCACAAAUGAACAGAAACUCACCAUAAAUCUCUAAAAUAGUAGAAAGCUAACGCUACGCUAGCUCAAAACACGUUAAAUCUACACAAAUAAUGUGACAAGAAGUAAAUAUGAGCUCAUGGAUGUUUGUCUUUUGUAAUCAAUAAAUGUGAUUGAUCUCCA